CCAGAGUUAACCAAGACAACUGGCUUCACCAUGGAGCACAUGCUGGAGCGCGACUUUCGCGCCCUCGACGCCUAUGUCUGGGGUGCUCUUAGCGCAGCAACGCUGGUUCUUUUCUAUCUGACGUUGAGGCGAGAUGUAGAGGGGCCGAUUCUGUACAAUAUCCCGUCGCCAGCGGAAGCAGAACCUGGGUGGAAAGGCCAGGUGCUCGACGAUGCGUCGCUGAAGGUAUCAGGCUCUUCCCUUAUUCAAUGCUACGCCCCUGCGACUGGCGAGGCCCUCGGGCGUGUCAACCCAUCCACAGCAGAAGGCAUCGACCGCUGCAUUGCGAAAGCAAGCGAGGCCCAAGUGCAAUGGGCGCGCACGACAUUCUCUCAGCGUAGGAAGGUGCUGCGAACUAUGUUGCGGUUCGUUCUCGAGAACCAGGAAACGAUUGCCAGGGUCGCGUGUCUGGACUCGGGCAAGACCAUGGUGGAUGCGAGUUUGGGAGAAAUCCUGGUCACAGUCGAAAAGCUUAGGUGGACACUUAAGCAUGGCGAGGAGAGCUUGAAGAGUGAGAGGAGGGACACCAACUUUCUCAUGAUGUACAAGUGGAAUGAGGUUAUGUAUGAACCGUUGGGCGUUGUGGCAGCUUGUGUAAGCUGGAACUACCCAUUCCACAAUCUCAUCUCGCCCAUCAUCGCGUCCAUCUUCGCCGGCAACGCCAUCAUUGUCAAGGGCUCCGAAGCCACCGCCUGGUCCUCAGCGUAUUUCACAUCAAUCGCUACCCGUGCGCUCGAAGUAUGCGGACACUCCUCCAAUCUCGUCCAGUCUGUCGUCUGCUGGCCCAACGUCGCCGACCACCUGACAUCGCACCCGGGCAUCUCUCACAUAACUUUCAUCGGCUCGCGACCAGUCGCGCACCAUGUCUGCGCUUCGGCUGCAAGAGCUCUCAUCCCCGUAUGUGUCGAGCUAGGCGGGAAAGAUCCUGCGAUACUACUCGACGACCUGUCAAACAGUGACUUCAAGCGUGUAGCCAGCAUCCUCAUGCGUGGCACCUUUCAAUCUGCUGGCCAGAACUGCAUAGGCAUCGAGCGUGUCAUCGCACUCCCCAACGUCCACGAUCGUCUCGUCGAAUACCUCACCCCUAAGAUCCGCGCCCUGCGUCCGGGUUCCAUCCUCAACAGCCCCGAUACACCCGUCGAUGUCGGCGCAUCAAUCUCCGCCGCAAGCUUUUCCAACCUUGAAAGCCUGAUCGCCGAUGCGGUCAAACAAGGUGCGCGCCUCCUCGCAGGCGGCACCCGCUACGCCCACCCUCAAUACCCGAAGGGCCACUACUUCACCCCCACGUUCCUCACAAACGUCACCCGCGACAUGAAAAUCGCCCAAACAGAGCUGUUCGCCCCGGUCUUCCUGCUCAUGCGCGCCGAAUCCGUGUCCGACGCUAUCGCCAUCGCAAACAGCACCAUCUACGCCCUCGGCGCCUCCGUGUACGGCUCCAAAUCCGCCGAUCUUGAGCGCGUGGUUAGAGAGGUACAUGCGGGCAUGGUCGCGGUGAAUGAUUUCGCUGUCACGUAUAUGGUGCAGUUACCGUUUGGAGGGACCAAGGGGAGUGGAUACGGACGCUUUGCUGGCAAGGAGGGGCUGCGGAGUUUGUGUAACGCGAAGAGUGUUACGAGGGAUCGAUUGGGGUGGAUGGGUGUGAAGACGGGCAUCCCGCCGCCGAUGGACUUACCCGUUCAGGAUGGAAGCAAGGCGUGGAAGUUCGCCAUGGGGAUUGUGUGGUUGGGGUAUGGAGAUGUGCGUGGGAAGGUCAGGGGGAUCAAGGGGCUGAUUGGGAUGUGAGAGGAUGAAACGUAAUAAUAUAUGGAAUAGUGGUAUAAUCGACCGACCCGUCCAGGAUCGCGAGCUUAGACAGCCUCAAUAUAGCGUCUGACCUCCCAGUCCGUAACCGCCUCGUCCCAAAGUCGCACCUCGUGCUCCCUUGUCCCUCCGAAAUGGUCUACAAACUCAUCUCCGAAAACUUCCCGCGCCACGCUCUCCUUCCUCAUAAACCGCUCCGUCGCCUCCUUCAAGCUUUUUGCAAGCCGUUGUCCCUUAUCCGCCGUACCGCCUACAUC